AUCAUGAGGGGCUUGAUAUUAGCCCUGGUUUUAACGCUGGGGGGGAGCCAGCAUCUUAAUUACCAACCUGAUUUCAGUGAAAACAAGGUUUAUACAUUUGAUUAUGAAACCACGCUUCUCAGUGGACUUCCAGAGAAAGGACUUGCAAGAGCUGGAAUAAAAAUAAAAAGUAAAGUGGAAAUAAGUGGUAUUGGGCCAAAACUUUGUCUUAUUAGGGUGCACUCGAUCGAAGCUGCCGAGUACAACGGUGUCUGGCCCACGAGCUCCUUCUCCCGGUCACUGAAACUGAGCCAGGUCCUGACUGGGCAGCUCAGCACCCCCAUCCAGUUCGAGUACAGCAAUGGCCACGUUGGGAGCAUCAUGGCUCCUGAGUCUGUCUCGGAUGAUGGUCUGAACAUCUACAGAGGGAUUAUGAACGCGCUGGAGCUGAGCAUAAAGAAGACACAGAAUUCAUACAGCUUACAGGAGGUUGGGAUUGGAGGUAUUUGUAACACAACUUAUGCAAUUCAGGAAAACAAGAGAGCAAACCUAGUCUAUGUGACCAAAUCCAAGGAUCUGAACAGCUGUGAAGAGAAAGUUCAAAUUGUCACAGGUUCAGCAUACACUCACCCAUGCAAGACCUGCCAGCAGAGGAACAAGAAUUCCCGCGCAACUGCUACUUACAAUUACAAAAUUAAAUAUACGCGUAGUGAAGCUGUAAUUACACAAGCUGAUGUCGAGGAAAUCCACCAGUUUUCACCCUUCAACGAGAUAACAGGAGGAAAUGCUAUCGUAGAAGCAAGGCAGAAACUUACUUUGACUGAUGUGCAGAAGCAGAGGGCAGAGGUUCCACCAAAAGAGUACCAGAAUCGUGGGUCUCUUCAGUAUCAGUUUGGCAGUGAAUUGCUUCAGCUUCCUGUCCACUUAUUCAAAAUAGAAGAUGUGGAAAGCCAGAUAGAGGAAUGCCUGCAAGAAUUAGUAGAGGCCACCUCUGACCAGCUGCCCAGUGAUGCACCAGCAAAAGCUCUCAAGCUUCUGCACCUCUUCCGCGCAGCGAGCGAGGAGAAUUACGAAUCGGUGUGGAAGCAAUUCUCCAGUCGGCCAGCGUACAGGCGCCACAUUUUGGAUAUAAUUCCUGCAGUGGCCAGUCACCGUGCACUCAGGUUCCUGCGGCACAAAAUGGAAAGGCAGGAGCUCACCAGCUGGGAAGUGACACAAACAGUGCUGGUGGCUCUGCACUCCAGCACCCCAACUCGGGAUGUGAUGGAGGAAGCAACGCUCAUUGUGAAGAAGCACUGCCCUCGCUCCAGCUCUGUGCUUGGGAAGGUUUGCCACCUCAGCUACGCGUCCCUGUGCCACAAACAGUGCUCCUCCUCCGACCCCUGCUCCGAGUGUCUCCAGCUUCUUCAUGGCUUUGCAGGAGAGGCAUUGAGCAAGUCUAGCACAGAAGAAAUUUCCCUGGCUUUGAAAGCCCUUGGGAACGUAGGACAUCCAGCCAGCAUCAAGCACAUCAAGAAGUUUUUGCCAGGAUAUGCAGCUGGUGCUUCGGAUUUGCCACUCAGGGUCCAUGCGACUGCUGUGAUGGCCCUGAAAAACAUAGGCCUAAAAGACCCCAAAGUGGUCCAGGCUAUUACCCUUGAGAUUUUCCUGAAUCAAAAAAUUCAUCCUCGAAUCCGAAUGUUAGCUGCAGUGGUUUUGCUUGAAACCAAGCCUGGUCUUCCAAUCGUGAUGACAUUGGCUGAUGCUGUGCUGAAGGAACCCAGCAUGCAAGUGGCAAGUUUCAUCUACUCUCACCUGAGGGCCCUGGGUAGAAGCACAGCUCCAGAUCUUCAAGUGAUGGCUUCUGCCUGCAGAAUGGCUAUCAGAGCACUGAGUCCCAAAUUUGACAAAUCUGGAUAUCAGUUCAGCAAGGUUUUCCGCUUCAGUAUCUUUAAAGAGUUCCUUAUGAGUGGGCUGGCAGCUAAAUAUUUGGUAUUGAGUAAUGCUGGUAGCUUAAUUCCAGCUAUGGCAAUGUCCCAGCUACGGACACAUUUCCUUGGAAGAGUGGCUGACCCCUUGGAGGUAGGAAUAACAGCUGAAGGACUGCAGGAGAUAUUUGCUAAAGGUUACUCUCCUGACAGGGACUGGGAGACUGACUUUGACUUCAAGAAAAUCCUGAAAACGCUCUCUGACUGGAAGGCAUUCUCCAGUGACAAACCUUUUGUGUCAGGCUACUUGAAGAUGUUUGGCCAAGAGCUGUUUUUUGGAGGACUUGAUAAAAACACCAUCCAAAAUGUACUGCAGGCAUGGUAUGGAUCUGAUGAAAAAAUCCCUUCGCUAAGGAGAAUAAUCAGUAGCCUUCAAAGUGGUGUAGGGAGGCAGUGGACCAAAGCUCUCCUGUCCUCUGAGAUCCGCCACAUUGUGCCCACCUGCACUGGCUUCCCAACAGAGACCAGCUUCUAUUACUCCUCUGUCACAAAAGUGGCAGGAAAUGUUCAAGCACAGAUUACGCCUUCUCCAAAGUCUGAUUUCAGAUUGACUGAGUUACUAAAUGCCAACAUUAAGCUGAGAUCCAAAACAAGUCUAAGCAUGGCCAAGGAGAUGACCUUUGUAAUGGGAAUCAACACUCACACAGUCCAGGCAGGGCUGGAAGCACGCACCAAAAUGAAUGCUCAUAUACCUGUGAAUGUUGUUGCCACUAUCCAGAUGAGGGAAAAAAGUAUCAAAAUUGAAAUUCCGCCAUGUAAAGAUGAGACUAACAUAAUAAGCCUAAGGUCUAAGACAUUUGCUGUUACACGAAAUAUUGGGGAUUUGGCUGCUAGUAAGACAACUCCAGUUCUUUUACCUGAAGCAGUGCCCAACAUAAUGAAGACGUCCUUCAAUUCAGAUUCUGCAUCAGGCGAGAAUGAAAACAUUGGGGAUAGACAGUCUGCAGAGGAUGUUUCAUCUGGAAAUCCCUUUUCUUCCGAGCACUCUUCUUACCAAAAAGAGCCAUUUGUUCAGUCCAUGUGCUUCAAUGCAAGUACGUUUGGAGUUCAAGUGUGCAUUGAUAAGAAAAGCGUGCACGCAGCAUUUAUCAAAAACCUGCCUCUUUAUUACCUAGUUGGAGAGCAUGCCCUGAGGAUGAGCUUCAAGCCAGUUUACACUGAGGCACCUAUUGAAAAAAUACAAGUCACAAUUCAAGCAGGAGACCAAGCUCCUACAAAAAUGGUACGUCUAGUGACAUUUGAAGAUCCGGAGGCACAAGCAUCUUCCAGAAAAGAAGCAAUUAAAAAAGUGAAGAAAAUCCUUGCUGACACUGAUGAUCAGGAGACAAGAAAAUAUAGGAGCUCAUCAUCCAGCGCCAGCAGCGCCAGUGGAAGUGCUGAGAGUACAACGAGCAGCCCCUCCAGCAGCGACUCUGAUGGCAGAGCAUCACAGGAAGGUGCCCAGAUAAAUCUGAAAACAGGGCGCUCCAAAGCCAAAGGAAAGAAGUUCUACCCCUUUGGGGACAGUGGCAGUAGCAGCAGCAGUGGUAGCAGCAGUAGCAGCAGCAAGAGCAGUAGUAGUAGCAGCAGUGGCAGUAGUAGUGAUAAUAGUAGCGGUAGAAGUAGCAGUGGCAGUAGUAGUGAUAGCAGCACAGGUAGCAGCAGCAGCAGUAGCACAGCAUCUGGUAUAAAGCAUAAGGCUAAGAAGCAGUCCAAGAGCACAUCAUUUCCACUUGCCAGUGCUGCUGAAGGAGAGAGGAGUGUCGGUGAGCAGAAGCCCAGAGCACAGAGUAGCAGCAGCAGUGAAAGCACUGGUGCUUCCCGUUGGCACAGCAAACCUGACAAACGAGCUGAGACCAGCCACAGCAAGCGCCGAGUGAACGGUGGCAGCACUCACGACAUUUCCACAGAAUGGGAAUCUCACCUUCCAAAAGUGUACAGUCUCCGCUUCAAGUCUGCUCACAUCCAUUGGCAUCCAGAUCAUAAAGGAUCGAGCAGCUCAUCAUCAUCUUCCUCUGAGUCGGGAAGCAGCCACAGAAACAGCAGCAGUAGCAGUGGCAGCAGCAGCAGUAGCAGCCAUCACCACGGAGAAAAUUCUGCCCACAACUCAAAGAGGAGCAGAAAAGUCAGCAUUCACUACCACGACCACAGCCAUGGCUCCAGCCUGACACGUGAGCGCAACUUCCUGGGAGACGUAAUUCCACCUGGCAUUACAGUUGUGGCACAGGCAGUAAGGAGUGACAACAGAAAUCAAGGUUAUCAGGCUACAGCAUAUGUUCGUUCUGAUGCUGCCAAAGUUGAUGUGCAACUAGUUGUGGUUCAGCUGGCUGAAACCAAUUGGAAAGCGUGUGCUGACGCUGUGAUAGUGCCUCUGAAAGCACAGGCCAGGCUGAGAUGGGGCAAGGAGUGCCAGGAUUACAGGAUAGCAGCAGCGGCUACCACAGGACAACUGGCAAGGAAGCCAGCUGCACAGCUGAAGGUGCAAUGGGGAAAGCUUCCAUCCUGGAUAAAAAAGACAAGCACAGCAUUCAUGCAAUACAUUCCCGGUGCAGCACUCGUGUUGGGCUUCUCAGAAGUACAUCAGAGAAAUCCAUCUCAUGAAUUUAUAGUAAGGGCAGCUGCAACAUCUCCACGAACAAUUGAUACAGUAAUUAAAGCUCCUGAGGUAACACUUUAUUGUCAGGGAUUCCGAUUGCCAUUCACUCUGCCCUUAGGCCCAUCUCCAGCUUACGAGACUCGAGAUAUCACUGCCUGGAAUUUAUUUCCUGAAAUAGCUUCACAAAUAGCACAAGAAGAUCAAUCCACGUGCGAAAUCAGGGAGAGAGAUUUCAAAACAUUUGAUCGUGUGAGCCAUUCAUAUUCUUUCAAUAAAAGCUGCAACCUGGUGGCAGUUCAAGACUGUACUGAACACCCAAAAUUCAUCAUUACCACAAGAAAGGUUGAUCCUCAGUCUUUCUCAAGAGAGGUUCACAUAAAUACAACAUUAGCGAACAUCACAAUCUGUCCUGCCUCAAAUUCAUCUCUCCUUGUGGCAUGCAAUGAAGAACAAGUUCUAUCACACAGUGGAGGUUCUGAGUAUGAAAAAGGCAAUGUUAAAAUUUAUAAGAAUGGAAAAACUGUUACUGUGGAAGUUCCAGAACUUGGACUGAAGAAGGUGACUUUUGAUGGUGUAAAUCUCAAGGUUACGGCUGCUUCAUGGAUGAGAGGAAAGACCUGUGGAGUUUGUGGCAAUAAUGACAGAGAAAAGGAAAAUGAAUUCCUCAUGCCAAACCAUAGGCUGGCACACAGCUGUUCUGCGUUUGUUCAUUCAUGGGUAUUGCUAGAAGAAACCUGCUCUGGUGGGUGCAAGCUGCAGCGCAGUUAUGUGAAGCUGAAUCGAAAUCCUACUAUUGAUGGUGAGGAAUCUACGUGCUACUCUGUUGACCCAGUACUGAAAUGUAUGAAAGACUGUACUCCAAUUGAAAAAGCCUCAGUAAAGGUUGGCUUCCACUGCUUCCCAAAAGAAACUGCUGUAAGCCUGUUGGAAUGGCAGAAAAGCAGCGAUAAGAAAUCUGCAUCUGAGGAUGUUGUGGAGUCUGUGGAUGCUGACAUUGAUUGUACCUGCACUGGCAGCUGUAGUUAAGCUAAACGCUUCGGCGUUGUGCUAUAGACAUACUACA